AAAAAAAAUUUAACGCUUAUUUCACGUUGGAGAGGUCGUAUGGUAUAAUUUCAAAAAAAAAAAAAAUAAUUAGAGGGACCUACUGCGGUACUGCUUACUUCCACCUCAUACAGUCCUGCUAGCAUUUGAUUUUGCGACAACGAAGUGACGAGUAACAACAACGGCAAGAAGUAAUAUGCAAUAUGGACGAUGGUUAAAUCUUUGAAAAAUCAAACACAACUUACAUUAAACACGAAGGGCCCACGUUUCAAGUCGUCAUGCCGAAUCGUCAAAAACGAAGAUAACAACUCUUAGCCAAAACAAAUGUACAUGGAAAAAAAAAAGCUACAUUGUACUACCUCAAGCACAAAUCCCAAAAGGCAUGGCUGCUACUGCUACAAAUGAUACCACCAUCACUGCCGCCUCCACCACCCAUAUAUUAGUCUUUCCAUACCCAGCUCAAGGUCACAUGCCUGCACUCUUAGACCUCACACACCAAUUAGCUCUGCAAGGCCUUAAAAUUACCAUCUUAGUUACCCCCAAAAACCUCCCUGCCCUAACAUCACUCCUCUCAACUCACCCAACUUCCAUUGAAACCUUAGUCUUGCCCUUCCCUCCACACCCUAAACUUCCUUUAGGUCUUGAGAAUGUGAAGGAUAUCGGAAAUUCGGGUAAUGCCCAUGUCAUUGCAGCUCUUAGCAGGCUGGAAGGAGAAGUUAUACAGUGGUUCCAGUCCCACCCUUCUCCUCCUCAAGUUAUUCUUUCUGAUUUCUUCCUUGGGUGCACCCAACUUUGGGCAACACAGCUCAACAUACCUAGAAUCGCAUUCUUCUCGGUUUCGGCAUUUUUAACCUGUAUUCUAACCCAUCUGUGGCUGCAUUUGGAUAAACUUCCUACAUCAAAUACUGUUAAGUUUUCAGAUCUUCCCAGGUCCCCUUCCUUUAUUCAGGACCAUCUUCCUUCUAUAUUUAGGAAAUUCAGGGAGGGUGAUCCUGACUGGGAGAUUGUUAAGGAGGGUAUGCUUGCAAAUUCCAAGAGUUGGGGAUACGUCUACAAUUCUUUCGAUGCUCUGGAAGCUGAGUAUUUGGAUCAUCUGCAGAAAAAGGUAUUGGAUCAAGGACGUGUAUACAUCAUCAGACCAUUAAGCUUGAUCAACCACACGGGUCCGGAUACCAGAUAUGAUGUGCUCAACUGGCUUGAUACAUGUCCUGAUAGCAGUGUGCUGUAUGUCUGUUUUGGAAGUCAAAAACUGUUAACAGAACCUCAAAUUAGGGCUCUAGCUUUAGGUUUGGAACAAAGCAAGACACGGUUCAUAUGGGUGAUCAAGUCAGAUUCCAGUCAACAGGUCCCAGAUGGGUUUGAAGAGCGGAUCUCUGAUCGGGGUGUUGUAUUAAGGGGCUGGGCCCCACAAGUGGAGAUACUGAACCACAAAGCAGUAGGUGGGUUUGUGAGUCACUGUGGGUGGAACUCUUUGCUUGAGAGUAUAAUGGCUGGAGUGAUGCUUUUGACUUGGCCAAUGGAGGCUGAUCAGUUUGUCAAUACUAAGCUUUUAGUGGAGUACACAGGGUCGGCAGUGAAGCUGUGUGAGGGAGAAAACACGGUACCUGACACCGAUGAAUUGUCCCGGAUCAUCAACGAGUCACUUGGUCAAGAUAUACCACAGAAGGCAAUGGCUAAGGCGAUGAGAGAAAGGGCAUUACAGGAAGUAAAAACUGGUGGAAGCUCAUCAACAAACCUUGAUGAGUUGGUCAAAGAACUGAGCCUAAUUAGAGUACCAAAAACUUAGAAAAGGAACAAAUGUUCUCUAGAAAUUAUUAAACAGUCAUCAAGUUGAAGCCAUUCAAACAUCGAGUGGUAAGAAGAAUCGUGAGCCUUCAUAAUAAGAAUUACAAAAAUAGCUGAUACAAGUCUACAAAAAUAGCUGCCUUGGAAAUUGCUCGAGAAGGUGUGAUGUAAUCAGUCAAGAUGAUGAAUGUGAUACUUUUAUUACAAUAAAUAAAUCAGAUGACAUUCGAAAAUGAAUAUUCAAAAAAAAAUCAGAAGAAUCCAUUUCUUUAUACUUGUUCCUAAGUAGAAAGUGUUCCAUCUGUUAUUGAAUGUGAUACUUUUAUUAUAAUAAAUAAAUCAGAUGACAUUCAAAAAUACAUAUAUAAUAAGUAUGACUAAUUUAAUUGUCUUCGUAA